UUCGCCAUCAAAAUGGCGUCAUCGAAGGAAACCUAUUGUUUGUGUGGUCAACCAUAUAAUAUUGGACAAUUUAUGAUAGAAUGUGACUGCUGCCGCGAAUGGUUUCACGGGAGCUGUGUUGAUGUAAAAAUAUACCACUCAGAUGAUAUAGACAAGUAUCACUGCCCAAAAUGUGCGGAAACCUAUGGACCCUCUGUGUUGAAAAUCCCCACCAACAAUCACCGAGCAGACAGAUACGAGAUUGGGGCAGAAACUCGGGCCUCCCAAGCUGGAACUCCAGCCUGGGUGAGAGCCCUGGCCGCCCGUCCCCUGCGCCCAACCUCUGCAUCACUGCAACAGAUGAGACCACAACAUUUCACAGAAGAGUUUGUCAGAGAUAAUGGCUUCACCCGGCCAGUGAUAUUCAACACCAUUGAGGGUUUAGACAUGAAGGUACCAAAUGCUGCGACUUUCAACGUAAGAUCCGUGCUGAGAUAUUGCGGGGCACAGAUGGAGGUGGAAGUGAUAGACGUUCGCAAGCAGUCGACCCUCCGGAUGCCGCUAGCAGACUACGUGGAUUACUUCGAGACCCCGCCUGAACACCGCGACGAGAAAGUGCUGAAUGUGCUCAGUUUGGAGUUCACUGACACCAACAUGUGCGCGCUGGUGUCGCCGCCCGGCCUGGCGCGGCGGCUGGACUGGGCGCAGGGCGCGUGGCCGGCGGGCGGCGAGCCCGCGCGCCCGGCCGUGCAGCGCUACUGCCUGAUGUCGGCGCGCGCCUCCUACACCGACUUCCACGUGGACUUCGGCGGCACCACCGUGUGGUACCACGUGCUGCACGGCCGGAAGAUAUUCUACCUCAUCCCGCCUACAACCACAAACUUGGCGUUGUACCAGCAGUGGAGCGCUGCUAACAAUCAGACUGAAAGAUUCUUUGGUGAUAUGGUGGAAUGGUACGGCACGGCGGAGCUGGGCGCCGGCGAGACGUUGUUCAUCCCCACGGGCUGGAUCCACGCCGUGUACACGCCGUGCGACUCGCUGGUGUUCGGCGGAAACUUCCUGCAUUCCUACGCGAUCGAAAUGCAGUUGCAGAUCUACGAAAUCGAGGGUCGCGUGGAGACGCCGAUGAUGUUCAGAUACCCUCUGUUCGAAGCGCUGCACUGGUACGCGGCGGCUCAGUUGUUGACAACCCUGCGACGGCAUAACGAAGAGACACAGGAUGAAGACUUCACAAUAAGUGAGAGCUGCGUGACGACUCCUCCUGCGGAACUGCCCGCCCUGUUGCUGAGGGGGAUCAAGAUAUUGGCUAAUGCCCUCAAGGAGUGGCACGCACUCAAAAGUACGGAUUCGUCAAAACGUGACAAUGUACCCAAAUGCUUGAACUCCGGGCAACUUGUCAGGGAGUUAUGCAAGGAGUUGCGCACUUUGGAGAAGCGGAGUACUAGUAAUAAGGAUAAGGAUUCAAAAGGCAAGAAUGUCUCACCUAACAAAGCACACAGUAAAAAACAAGCCACACCAAAAAAAUCACUGAAACUGACAUUACCCAAACCAAUAAUGCAUAUGCAACCGAACGGUGAUUUUGAUGACAAAGUGUACCCUGAGAAAUUCUACGUAGACAAUAAAGAGGUUGUCUACCCCGAACGAUUCAUACAGGAUGUUAAAUAUGUAACUAGUGAUGUCAAAUAUGUAAACAGUGGUGUUAAAUAUGUGGACAAUAGUGUUAAGUACAUAGACAGUGGUGUUAAAUUUGUGGACAAUAACGUUAAAUAUGUGGAAAACGAUGUUAAAGUUGUGACUGGCGAAGUUAAGUUUAUGAACGGCGUACCUGAUGUUAAAUAUAGUUUGGAGAAGGAGUUUUCUGAAAAAUAUGCAUACCAGAACUAUGAAGAGGUCACAUAUCAGGAUGGGAAUGGGUAUGUGGACAGACAGGACAAGAAAACUGCCUUGAAAAUUAAGUUGAACAACUCGCCAUCAUCAUCACGCGAGGAACCUCCACCAUACAGCCUCCCGGAACAUUCAAUCCUCAAAUCCCAUCUAAUAAGAACAGAGCGCACCCUCAAGCCCAUCCAGCAAUGGACAAUAUCGAAGAAGGAUAUUGGGGACUACCACGAGGAGCAGAUCCUGUUCACCAAUGAGAACCUGCAGACCAACAUACGGGUUGAGGGGCAGGAGAUGAACUAUGGGGCAGGAAUGUAUUCAGCAGAGGACAUGCAGCAAGAGUACCAGUACGGCGACACCGCGCGCGCUGGGUACCAGCAGAUUUACCAGCAACCCGACCUGGCCUACAGCGAGCCCUCCUAUCAGCGAUACCCUGAAGUGGAACACCAGCAGGCGGCGAGCUACAGUGGCAACCCGGCGACGUUCGCCCACACCCAGCUGCCGUCGUACGACGCGGCGGUCGCCCACCAGUAUCAAACCACCAACUAUGUGGUGGAAGAACAAAAGCCAGUCGUGCCAGCGCCACCGGCGAACGAGAGUCCGCUACCGGUACGCAGGUCCGAGCGUCCGGUACGCAGGCGCGUGUCCAGUACGUACGAGUACGAAGACGCGGACUUGUAUAUAGACGAGGCUCCGCCUCCCACGCGGCGGAGGGCCCCCAAGCCACGCCAUCAAAGGCACCAGGCGCAUAGGAACCCAGCAACAAACAGCAGCGCGUACCGACAACAACAGCAACCCCCGCCGCAGCCGGUGCCGGCGGCGCGGCCGGUGCCCGCCAACGGCAUCGAGUCGCUCAUCCAGGCAUCCGUCUUGGCCGAAGACCAGCCCGUUAAUGACACCGAGGACGCAGCGGUGGCCGGUAUGCUGAGUAUAAGUGAACAGCGGUACGAGGCACCUCCCAGGACCUUCGGCCUGGCGAUAGAACCUCCUGUACGGACCACGGAUACCUCGAGAGUUGAAAGCAGUAGUAGCGGAGGUCGGUCGCGCGCGCGGAAAGCGCCCAGCGGCGCCGACGAGGAUGAAUAUGACGAAGAGGAUGUCAUAAAGGAGGUGCAUCGAGACGAAGAGUAUGUGUACCCGUCGCUGGAGAUGAGCUCGGACGAAGACGAGGACUGGACGGUGCGGCGGCGGCGAGCGCCUCGCAACAGAACCGAUAGCAAAAGUAAAUCUGAGAAGGACGAGUCGUGGUCGCCGCGCGCGCGGCUGGGCCGCGUGGUGCCGCGGCUGCGCGGGCCGGCGCGCUCGGCCGUGCGGCGCGAGUGCGUGCGCGCCGCACUGCACGCCGCGGCCGUCAGCACCGCGCACGACAAGCACGCGCACGACAAGCACGACAAGCACCAUCCGCAGAGCGCGAAGCGAGCGGUGCUAGCAACAAAGAGCAAGCGACCGCCGCCUCCGGUACACACACCCGCAAGUAGCAAAAAUCUAAGACUGAAAAAGGGUAUGAAGACGGCGAAGCAGCGUCUCGGAAAAAUCCUCAAAAUACACAAAAUGAUAUAUUAGUUUAAUUAAAUAAUGAAUUAAUGUAAACAUAGUUAAUUGUAUAUGUAGUCGACACUGCACUAUCGCCUGUUUCUGACCCAAAAAUACCCUAAAUGACUAACAACGUAACCUGCAUGGUGCAAUGAUACGAGUAUCGCACCAGUGCCCCGUUGUGGGACAUUAAUUGGGCUUUUUAUGAUAAAUAUUAUAGGUCUUAUUUAGACUGAAUUUUCUACUCAGAAUUUUCUACACAGCAGGGCACAUUUUUCAAAUGAUUCUAAGAUGUAGAAAUUGAAAUUUCCUUUCCAAUAGAUUAUACCGAGAAGGUAUAAUCUACCUUCCAGUUCAGUCAGUUCAGUCAAAGCAGACAAAUUUGACGUUUCAAAAGUACUUAUAAAAUAUUUAUUCCGAUUAGGAAUUAAUUUUGCUCGUUAUCACUUUGUAAAUUAUUGAAUAACCUAUAAAUAUUUGGAUCAUUUAACAUGGCAAAAGGGCAGAAAACUAAAAUAUUUUCGUGCCAGAAAAAAGUAUGAUCAUAUUGAGUUAUGCUACAGAUUUUAGAAGGUCAUUUAUACUGAUGAAAUACCUAAUUAAUAUACGUCAUACAGAUUUUGGCAUGUUAUAUAUACUAAUAAUAGACCUACCUAAUACGUCAUGAAUUGAGUAUAAUUACAAUCACCCUCCUACAGAUUUUAGAAUUCCAUUCAUACUGAAAAACGCGUAAUAUUCACCAGAUAAUCAAGUAUAAAUAAGAACCAAUGAACAUACAUCAUUAUAAGCUUUUUUAAUAUCCUACACCUGGGAACUGACCUCUGUAAAGAGGUAUAUAGAUCAUAAACCCACCUCAUUGCUCGUAUACGGGCUGGCGACAGUAGUCUGUAAGGUAGGGUCGGGUCAAUAAGCGGGCACAUAAGAUGUAUAUUUUAUAUAAUAUGUAUUUAGACCUCGGACCAAUGUGUGUUGUAGCCCCAUUGUAAAUUGCGACAUAUAAUUGUGUCACAGACAAAUCAUGAAUUUAUUUAAUUAAUUAUAAUAAAUAUGUAAUAAUAAUCCAUGUACAUUUCUAUACACUUUCUUUUUUGCUAUGAGUUUAGUAUGUUUUUUUUUUACAGUUACAACAAUGAAAAUCAACUUGGAGAGAUUUUUUAUUUAUUUAAGGCUAUGUACGGACUGUUAAAAUUUGUCGCGCGUUUUAUUAUUUAGCAUAUCAUAUAGUAAGGUAUCACCGCAUUACUAUAAAAAGUCUCUCACGUUUCAGAAAUACAUGCCUUUAGUGUAAGUUUUAUAAUGAACAAACGUUACAGCCGAUGUGAUGUGAAUCGAUUGCGAAACUGGUGAUUAUAAAUUGCAAUUUUGCAAUUACCGCUAUUGUUUUUAUUGGCUAACCAACAGGAUUCACUCUUUCACACAUUAAUGGUACUCUCGCAAAAUUUGUUGUUGAAUAGUGAAAGCGAAAUAGCAAGCUCUACAUUGUCGCUACACUGUCUUCUCAUAUAUUCGCAAGUAACAAGUUCACACAUAUUGACAGAUUAACGUAACUAUAACGUUACUUUUAUUAAAUUGCACUAAAUCUUGGAGUAAGUAAUGUUAGAGCCACUGCAGUGUUCCACAUACCAAAUGUCACCGCUCGACUUCAGUAACGCGCGUUAAAUUCCUGCUAUCUGUACAUAGCCUUAUAGUACACCUUGGUUGUAUAGAAACUUCCAACUGUUACUAAAACAUAUUGCAUUGAAACAGCAUCGUGGGUGUGACACCUUCAUCCUUCUCAUCUGCUUAGUUGGGCUGUGCCCAGCUGUGGGAAAUCGAUAAGGUUAAUGACAUGAGUCUCUUGUAAUAGAAGUUUCUAUAGAAUCACUAUAUAACAUGCGAGCUGGGUUAUCAAAUGUUAAACUUAGUAACGGCGGGUCCCGUAUAAAAUUGGUAUAUCUUCACGCUGAUUAGAAGAACGAGGUUGGAUGAAAGGAGUUUUAUUAUACAUAACAUUAAGUUUAAUAUAUGUACACAUAAUACAGUACCGUCACUCACUAACAGACUGACUGACAAACAGUGCACAUACAAAAUUGGCAAAUUUAUUUUUUCCCUUUUUUUCGUGUUAUACUAAAUAUUUCAUAUUUAUAGGUAGAAUUCCCGUUCAGAAUCAUAAUAUAGCAUUAUUUCAGGUCGGCAUAAAACUGCAUUAAUUUUUUUUACUAUUACUAAUGUAGUAAACUUAUGAAUAUUGCGAUACUUUAGAUCAGGUAGAAAUAAGGUGCUGCCAAUUUAUGACGAAAAAAAACAACCUGUUUAUCGCCGCUCAGUACAAAGCCGCGCAAGUGUAGUUACCAAAUUUUUCAUAAUAUACAAAAAUACUCUUGCUAAGCGGUGAUAGCUCGAUUGGUAGGACUUCGA